CUACAGGCUGUGUUUGAAGGAAGGAGCCUACCCGGAGACACUUUGAAUACAAAUAAACUCAACUUUAUUCCGCUGCAUGUUGGAGGUGACGGAGAGCAAACUUUGAUUUUUGCCUGAAAUCUGCCCAGAGAGGGAACAUUUGGGUUCUUAACAUCCGAACCGACCCAGCAGAGGUUCUGCCCGUCGUGUGUUCAUCAUCCAGAAGCUGUGCAGCCUGGGAGGAGACAGUGAAGAAAAGAAGGCCAGAACCAGCAGUGAUCCUGCACAGGCCUGCCAGUCCUCUAGGUCCGAUCAGAGCUCAUUAGGCUCAAAGUCCUGCCCUCGAAGCGGCCUCUCCUCCGUGGCUCGGCUGGUGAAGGUGGGCCGCUGUAAGAACGUGGUGGUGGUGGCCGGAGCCGGAAUCAGCACGGCCAGCGGCAUCCCGGACUUCAGGACUCCAGGAACAGGUCUCUACGCCAACUUGGAGAAGUACAACGUCCCUUACCCAGAAGCCAUUUUCAACAUCGACUACUUCUCCAACGACCCGCAGCCUUUCUUCUCGCUGGCCAAGGCUCUGUAUCCUGGGGUUCACCGGCCCAACUACAUCCAUUACUUCAUCCGCAUGCUUCACCACAAAGGUCUUCUGCGCCGAGUGUACACGCAGAACAUCGACGGACUGGAGAAACUUUGUGGUAUCCCAGAUGACAAGCUGGUUGAGGCCCACGGGAGUUUCGCCACAGCUUCCUGUCACCUCUGCUACACUCCAUAUCCUGCUGAUGAGGCUAAAACAGCCAUAAUGAACGACAGCAUCCCCACGUGCUCGUUCUGCGCCGCCACCGUCAAACCAGACGUGGUGUUUUUCGGAGAGGACCUCCCUCAGAAGUAUUUCCUCCACACCGAAGACUUUCCAAAAGCAGACCUGCUCAUCGUUAUGGGCACGUCUCUGCAGAUUGAGCCGUUCGCCAGCCUGGUGAACACCGUGCGUGCCACAGUGCCGCGCCUCCUCCUGAACCGGCACGCCGUGGGGCCCUUCGAGAGGYUCCCCCUGCGGAGACGAGACCACAUGGAGCUGGGGGAUCUGGCGGAGACCGUCAGAAGGUUCGCCAAACUCCUGGGCUGGAGCGAAGAAAUAGAAGAACUGAUGAAGAGGCAGGAAGUGCCGAGCCUCCCUGCACUGGUGACCGGUGAUGCAACACUUUGUCAGAACGCCUCAGCAUCACAACCUGAAACAUCCAGGUCCAGACGAGGAGCCGGCAGCGGCGGCGAGGACACCGACUCAGAGACGGACAGCAAAAGCUGCGCAUCGUCCAACGCAAGCAAAUAAUGUGUUUUUGUUUUUUCAAUCCAGAGUGGGAAUUGUUUCUAUACAUUUACAAAAGGUUUUAUCAAGUUUCAUAUCAUGAGGAAGCUUCUGCUCAUACUAGUAACUCAUUUCCGUAUGUGUAUUUUAUACUGGAGGCUUAUUUUGUAUGAAUAAUGCACUGUAUUCUAAGCAAUAUUUAAUAAAYUUAAUAAAAUGAGUCAAAAGAAGACAA